ACAAUUGACCGCCCUGCGCAAUCGAUACUCAGCUGAUUAAAAGGAAACCGAAAGAAGUAGCUGCAAACAUUAUAGUUUGUUUAUAUCUGAUCCCAGGAGCCAUCGAUACCAUUCGCACGAUGUCGUACUACGCGGAGCGAGCCCUGUCCCUCCUCUACCCGCUGGCCAUCGUGUCCUCGCUGGUCUGCUGCAUCACCUCGGCGGUGGCCUGGACGCACUGGCAGUACGUGCUCAACGCCUGCCCGGACACCAACUGCGGCUGCGUGCUGCACGGCAAGAGCACGUUCAACAGCUUCGAGGGCGGCAACGUCGCCUACUGCCACUUCGCCACCUACGGCCUCCUGCUGCCGCUGCUCUUCGCCGUCGUCCUGGGCGUCUACCACGGCUACCGCAUGUGCAUCGGGCGCGGCAAGCCCAAGGCGGGCACGGCCACCAUCCGCCAGCGCUCCGGCGACAUGAUCGUGGUGACCACCGAGUCGGAACUCACGCCCGAUGGCCUCUCGCCCUACUACUGGCUGCCCGCCACUGUAAUCUCGACGAUAAUGGCCGUGUACCAACUGGUCUACUCCGCCGUGUUCACGGACGGCUUUGAGGUGACCUGCAAGCAGUACAGGGAGUCGCUGCUGAAGGAGAUCCAGGGCGUGGGCAACAUUGUGCCCGUGAUCAAGUCGCGGCUCUCGUGCGCCGCCGUCUUCGACUUCAUGGACUACCUGGUGGAGAGCGUGUCGUACGAGCGGCGGCGCUACGGGCGCAUCAACACCGCCGCCUGCCUGUACUUCACCCUGGUCUUCGCCUGGAUCGCCCUGCUCGCCUGGCUGCUCGUCUGCGUGAUCAACGUCGUCCAGCUGCGGCGCACGAAGGCCGCCAGGGUGUGAGUCCUGCGCCUGAGUCCUGCCAUGCAUCGGGAGCCGCGAGGUCCUCGAGACUGGGAACCAUAGCAUACACUUUACAUUCACCUUUUCGCCCUUUAACUUAUUUAGUUAGUUAUAGUGACACACAAGCCAGAACGUCCACGUUAUGAACGCAUUGUACAAAUAUACAUAUGUAUGAACAACGAGCGAUUAUUCACAUCGCAAGCCUUUUCAAUAAAAUUACUAUAAAUGCUUAAAAAAUA